UUACUCUUUCCUCCAUCUUUCCCUGUGGCCAUAAUGGUACAUAUGAAUGUCCUGGCCGAUGCUCUCAAGAGCAUCAACAAUGCCAAGAAGAGAGGCAAACGCCAGGUUCUUAUCAGGCUGUGCUCCAAAGUCAUUGUCUGGUUUCUAACUGUGAUGAUUAAGUAUGGUUACAUUGGCGAAUUUGAAAUCCUUGAUGAUCACAGAGCUGGGAAAAUUGUUGUGAACCUCAUGGGCAGGUUAAACAAAUGUGGAGUGAUCAGCCCCAGAUUUGAUGUGUAACUCAAAGAUCUAGAAAAGUGACUGCUCCUGUCCUGCCAGUUUGGUUUCAUUGUACUGACAAGCUUAGCAGACGUCAUGGAUCAUGAAGAAGCAAGACGAAAACACACAGGAAGGAAAAUCCUGGGAUUCUUUUUCUAG